AAAUAAAUAAAUCGAGGGGGCCGGUCUAUAAACUUCAAUCAUUAAUCAUAGCACACAAAAUUCUAAACUUGUGAAAUUGAAAUCAGUGGGCUAAAGUCUCUUCCUUUCUCCUCCUUCUUCUUCAAUCAGAUUCUUUCCUAUAACCUCUCCUCGCCAUCUUUGUUUCUUUAUUUCUUUCCUCUCAGUUUCUUGUUAAGUUUUUUUUUUUGUUUUGUCAAUUUCUUGAUUAUGAUACUAAGCAAGAGACCUCAUCUAAUGAUCCGUAAACUGUCUGAGAUGUUGGUUCCAAGAAGCAGAUCUGCUAUCCAACCUGAAGAUUACACGGCCAGUCCCAGAAGUCCGUUGGAUUUGAAAUUCCCAUCGCCGGUUAGCUCGAAGCGGUUUGGUUCCGGUGGUGUCGGUUUGGGUAUCGUAGCUGCGUUAGAGGAAACCAGCAUCGGGAUCAACCGGAACGAUCCGGUUCGUUACUCAGGGAGAUUCCGAUGCCCGGAGAUUGAUCUGUCCGAUGAGGAAUACACUUACGUUACCAGCCCAAACGGGCCGACCAAAGUGUAUUACAACGACGAGGACGGGUUUGAAUUGUUUGAAAACGAUUAUCCCAUAGUGGUGCAGAAGCCGAUGGUUAUCGCAGAUGAACCACCGGUUAUUAAAAGACAGAGUUUUAGGGCUUCGUCGACAGAGUUUCUGAGUUCUUGUUGCUUGUGUAAGAAGAAACUUCAAGGCAAAGACAUUUACAUGUACAAAGGAGAGAUGGGGUUUUGUAGUGCUGAAUGCAGAUCAGUGCAAAUAAUGAAUGACGAACGACAAGAGCAAUGUAAAACGCAAGUUUCAAGAAAUGUGGAGGUUUCGAGCUCUCCAUACACCGCCGGGCAGACCGGAAUAUUCGUAUUUUAGGAAACACGAUCGUUCUAAGAGAAGUAUAUGAUGAUUAAAUAAACAAAUUAAAAAAAAAAGUGAUCAUCAUUUCGUUUACCUUAAAAAAAAGUUAGAGAAAAAGAACAAAAAAAAGUGAAAUUUUUGGUUAGGUUAAGAGCACAUUGUAUAGAAGUUUGCUUUUGAUUAAUUUUAUAAUACCGAUUAAUGUUUAUAUGCUUUUGUCCUCGGGAUCAAAUACAUCAAUAAAAAUUCCCAGAAAUAAUUUUGUAAAACAAGUAAUCUAUGUAUGUAUAUAUAUGCCAGCUUUCUCAA